AUGAAACAUUUAUUCUCUCAGUUGAUGAACUUACCUAAUGAAAUAUUUAUGAUUAUUUUAAGCAAUUUGGACAAUAUUGAAGUACUUUAUUCUUUAAUAGGUGUUAAUAGACGACUCGAUCAAAUUGCACGUGAUCCUAAUUUUACUAGUCAACUUGCAUUAAUAAAAUAUAAUUCAUCGCCUGUCCUUACAUCUUCAUUAUCAGAUUUAUUACUUAAUUGA